AUGAGUGAGCAAACGAACGGAGUACCCGCCGAAGGGUCGCCAGAACAGUACGCUAUUGGUAUCUCCUUCGGAAAUUCCUACAGUUCGAUUGCGCACAUAUCUGGAGAGGGCAAGGUUGAGGUGAUCGCAAACGAAGAAGGAGAUCGACAGAUCCCUUCCAUCUUAUCAUAUAUCGAGGGAGAAGAAUUCCACGGCACCCAGGCAAAGGCGCAGUUGGUUCGGAACAGCAAAAACACUGUCGCAUUCUUCCGCGAUUAUAUUGGCAGAGACUACAAGUCGAUAGAUCCCACGCCUUGCCAUGGUUCCGCACACCCCAUCGAAGAAGAUGGCAGGAUCUGCUUCCCUGUUCGAGACACAGAUAGUGAAACGGAGAACAAGGUGCCAGUCCUCGAGGUUGCCACACGACACUUGAAGAGACUGAAAAACUCCGCGUCCGACUUCACCGGUAGGCCCGUCACCGCCGCGGUAGUUGCGGUUCCCACGGACACCAACGAUGAGCAGAAAGGAGCCCUGACGAAAGCCGCCGCGGACGCCAAUGUCGAAAUCCUUCAAUUCAUGCCCGAGCCCAUUGCCGCACUCCUUGCUUACGACUCACGGUCUCCCGAUUCCACCGCCGACAGGCUUGUGCUUGUCGCAGACUUUGGCGGAAACCGGUCUGACGCCGCAGUCGUGGCAUCAAGAGGGGGGAUGUACAGCAUUCUGGCAACGGCUCACGACUACGAACUGGGCGGAGCUCAGCUGGAUCAAGUGCUGGUCGACCAUUUUGCGAAAGAAUUUGAGAAGAAGAACAAGACCGACCCUCGCAAGAAUGAGCGGAGUCUGGCCAAGCUGAAACUCGAGUCAGAGGCGGUCAAGAAGACGCUCAGCCAAAGCAACAGUGCCACAUUCAGCGUGGAGAGUCUUGCAGAUGGUCUUGACUUUAGGUCAACCGUCAACAGGACGCGGUAUGAGAUUAUCGCUCUGAAGGUCUUCGGGCGUUUCACCCGACUUGUCGAGGAGGUUAUUAAGAAAGCUAACCUCGAUGUGCUUGACGUUGACGAGGUGAUCUUGUCCGGAGGCACAUCGCACACGCCGAAGAUCGCAAAGAAUAUUGAGGCCCUCUUCUCAGAGUCGACACAAGUGCUGGCUCCUGCUAUUUCGACCAGUGCAUUGAAUCCUUCAGAGCUGUCAGCACGAGGUGCUGCCCUUCAAGCGUCUCUGAUCCAGGAGUUCGACAAGGAGGACAUCGACCAGUCAACGCAUGAGAUGGUCACUGUGACGCCUCAUCUGACGGCUGCAAUUGGAUUCCAGGUCACAAAGCAGCCUGAGGACUCAUUCACCGUGAUUGUUCCCCCCGAGACAGCCGUUCCAGCACGGAGAACGAAGGUCAUCGAAGGCCUAGAGGGAGACGUACUGGUCCGCAUACUGGAAGGCGGCCGAGCAAUCAAGGUCACUCAGCCCGAACCAAAGCCCAAACCAGAGACAAAUGGGACGAAAGAUGACGAGGAUGACGAAGACGAAGAUGAAGACGACGAGGAUGACGAGCCCGAGGAGAUUCGCGAGAAGAUCUGGAAGCCAAAACAGACUCUUGCAGAGUUCAUCUUCAAGGGCUUGAAGAAGGGCUCGAAAGUCGAGGUGACGGUCAACGUCGACGCGGAGCUCUCUCUGUCCAUCACAGCACGGCAAGUUGGCGGGAAAGGCGGAAUUAGAGGCGAAAUCAAGUCUGCCGAGACAACACAUCAGAAUGGAAGUGCUUGA